AUGGCUUUACAUCUUUGGCCAACAGUUGAAACAUCAAAAGUUAAUUCAUUAUGGUUUCGACCAUUACAAUCUGUACGAGAAGAAAUGAGUUUAACUAAAUUAGAAGAAAUACUUGAACAAUCACGACGAAAUUAUAUUGAAAGAGGUACAAAUUUACCAUUUCAUGGAAAAGCUGAAAUGGAUAAUACAGAUGAUGAUGAAGAUGCAGAUGAAGCUGAAGAAGAGAGUGAAGGAGGUGAACCCGAAGAUGAAAUGGAUGCACAACAAGGUUCGAGUUCACCAGGAACAGCCGUUGGUGUUCCUCCAGCACCACUUGAUGUUUAA